AUGGGUGGUAAACAUUCUCUCCCACAAACUUAUGAAGCAUUUUCAGGUAGGAUGGGAAAAUUCCCAUCAUUAUCGGAAGAUAUUUUAACAAAGCAAGAAUUAGAAGAAGGUGUAGUAAUCUUGGACUCUAUGAAUUCUAUGGGAAAAAUGAAUAGUUCUAGCUUUAUGGAUAUUGAGAGUGACAAUACAAGAUUUAUGAUGGCAAGGGCAGAGGCUGAUAGAAUAGCAGAAGCUGAAGCUUUAAGACUUGCAACCGAACAAUCUAUUAGAGUAAAUGAUGAGGGAAGUAUAAUCAAUCAAAAUUCUUAUGUUUCAUUACCUUCACGUAAAGAUUCAGUUCUUUCAAAACCUCCAACACGUUCUGAGACUAUGACAAGUAAGCAAUCUACAAAGAAUAGUUCAUUAGCAUUAGAAAAGGCUGCUGAAGAAGAAGUUUCGAAAGAAGAAAGAAAAUCAGAAUAUAUUUCUUCGAAUUCAAAUGUUAAUACAGAAAAGGAUAAAAGAGAAAUAAUUGAGAUGAUUACCAAUAAAUGCGGAGUUGUAUUUUCUGAGUGCAGAAGUUAUCCUAUUGAAGAGGCAAGCAAAUUAGGAAGCAAUCUUAGGAAUUGUGAUUCUGAAUACGCAAUUGAUAAAACAGCUGAGACUUGUGGAUGCUUAGGGCCUAAACAUGAUAGGCUAAAUUGUCCAAUAUGUAGAGGCAUGCAUCUAGAAGACGCUCCAUUAUUAUAUUAG